GAACAUAAACAAUAGAAAACAGAGGACAUAUAAUCAUAAACCCUUUCUCCCAAAACAUGCUCAUCAACUUCUCAUGAACCUACAAAAUGGAUGAAACUCAAAUCCAAAUCCAACCCUUCGUAUUUCCAUCUCUCAUCUCUCUAUUCUUGUUAUGGAUACUCAAGAAACUGUUUCCAGAAUCAAACGGAAACAAGAAUCCACCGCCAUCACCACCAAAGCUGCCUGUAAUCGGAAAUCUCCACCAAGUCGGCUACUUACCUCAUCAAAAUCUGGGAUUGUUGGCCCGAAAACACGGCCCGAUGAUGCUGCUCCACUUCGGCAGCGUCCCCGUUCUGGUGGCCUCGUCGGCCGAUGCAGCGCGCGAGAUAACGAGAACUCACGACCUCAUCUUCGCCAGCCGCCCCCUCACCAAGGUAACCAGGAAGCUCUCCUACGACGGAAGAGAUGUAGUUUUCGCACCUUACGGCGAAUAUUGGCGGCGGGCGAAGAGCACGGUUGUGCUCCAGCUGCUGAACAGCAGAAGGGUUCAAUCUUUUCGAUCGAUCAGGGAGGAAGAAACGGCCCUUCUGGUGAAGAAUAUUCUAGAAUGUUCGGGCCCGGUGAAUUUGAGUAAGAUGUUCUGUGAGUUCACUAAUGAUGGUAUUUGUAGAGCAGCUUUUGGCAGGAAAUUUAGUGAGUCGGAAAAUGGGAAGAAAUUCCUUGCUGUAGUGGGAGAGUUGGGGGAAGUGAUCGGAGCCGUUCGUGUCGGAGAAUUCGUCCCUUGGCUUAGUUGGAUCGAUCGUGUUAGUGGUUUUGAUAAGAAAGUUGAUAGGGUUGCUCAAGAAAUCGAUGAAUUUCUCGAUGGCAUCAUGCGCGAGCGUUUGGGAAAUAAAGAGGGAUUUUUGAAGGGGAAAGAUGGAGAUAAUUUACUUGAUAUUUUGCUUGGGAUUUACAGUGAUGGCAGAGAUGAAGUCUCCAUUGAUGACAGAGAUAGUAUCAAAGGAUUGCUUUUGGAUGUAUUUGCAGCUGGGACAGAUACGACGUCAAUACUUCUGGAAUGGGCAAUGACUGAACUCUUCCGACACCCUACAAUUAUGCAAAAUUUGCAAAAAGAAGUAAGAGAGAUAGUUGAAGACAACUCAAAUAUAAGAGAAUAUGAGUUAGAAAGAAUGCAUUAUCUGAAAGCUGUGAUGAAAGAAACACUCCGUUAUCACCCACCGGUCCCAUUGCUAGUACCAAGAGUGGCAAGCAAAGAUGUGAAGAUCAAAGGGUACGACGUCGUAGCUGGAACCGUGGUGAUGAUCAACGCGUGGGCUAUAGGGAGGGACCUCGUCUCAUGGGACGAACCGGAAAAGUUUAAGCCCGAGAGAUUCUUGAAUUCUUCAAUAGAUUAUAAGGGCUUGAAUUUCGAGUUUCUCCCGUUUGGGGCAGGUAGAAGGGUCUGCCCUGGAGCUGCAUUUGCUGUUGCUACGAGUGAGUUGGUGUUAGCAACUCUUGUGCAAAAAUUCAACUGGAAAUUGCCUGAGCCUCAAGGGGGAAAUUUGGAUAUGCGUGAGAGGCCGGGAAUUACAGUCCGUAAAGAUACUCCUCUCAUUGCAGUUGCUUCAUUGAGUAAAUAAAUAAGUAGACUUAUCACUUAUGAGACACUGAGUUUUGAUAUGUCUGAUUGCACUAUGUUUGUAAUGUGUUGUUUAUGUAUGAGAAGCAUAGGUAUGUAAUUAGUUACCACUUAAUUAAUACUUUUUAGUUUCACAAAAGUA